AAUUAGCCGCCCGCGUCAAGUUAGCCCCGCGCGCUCGCCCAAUCCGAGGCGGCUUGUUAUUGUUCCGCCAAGCCGGAGGCCCCGGAGGCCGCCGGCAAAGUUUGACAGCCUUUCUGUCAUUUGGAUUCGUUCGCACUCGCUUGGAUGCAGUCGUCGUCGUCCGUCAAUGCGUGCGCCUGAAAGCUAUGAAGUGGAAUGAAAGUCGGCUCUUGAUGCAUAUUUUGUUGGUGAUUUUCUUCGUUUUCCAACUGUUCAGCUCGUCGAUUUUGGUGUCCUCCCCGGAGGAAACGCUGGUGGAAGAUUUCUUUAUCUGUCGUUCCUGUGGCCAUGACGUCAGCCUGUCCAAUUUCCUACUGAACAAGCACAGCCCGCUGGCACUCGGUUUUAGCAAUCAGACAUUAUCUACGGGAAAGCAAGUCACCGUACAGGAGGUCCAGAAUACGUUGGGAAUCCGGUUCAAGAUCGUCAUUGUUCAACAGGCUUACUGUGCCAAAAUAGAAUCGUGGAUAUCGUUGCACUCGUGGUUUCCCGGCUACGCGUGGAAGCUCUGUGUGUGUCCCAAGUGCCGUACCCAUCUGGGGUGGAUGUUUGAACCCGUCGAAACUGCCACGUACGAUCGUUAUUUCCCGAGCGAGAAGGGAUUCUACGCGCUGAUCUACAACAACAUCAUAUCGGAAAAAUACGUAAACUCGCUGCUCAUGCGCGAAAAGAUCCUUCGGGAGAACUAAGACCAUAAAUCGAUCGAUCGGAAGGAACGAAAACCACCAAACCAUGGUUGACCCAAAGAGACACAUCAACAUCCUCUCCGAGGAGGAUCAGCUGUUCCUGAACGAAUGCGAAGAGGAGUUCGGCGAUCGCUUCUCGGAGCACGACGCAGAGUUUACGGCGUACUGUGCCCAACCGGCUCGGGCACCUCCGGUCUUGGAACCGUGGCAGAGUCGCAACUUCCAAGGAGGUGGUGGCUAUGGAGGCGGAGGCGGUGGACGAGGACGAUUCAACGAUCGGGGCGGAAGAGGAGGAGGAGGCGGUGGCGGCCGAUACAAUCACCACAAUCGCAACUGGGACUAUCGGGAUCGGCCUUACCAGCAGCGAGGUGGCCGCUACAACAACAAUAAUAAUCGCGGCGGACGGGAUAACAACCGCUACAAUUCGGUAGGUAGGAACUACUCGUAAAGGCAGCUGUGUGAGGUGCGAAGUGCUUCUGUGCACCUUUCAUCAAAAGCGGAUUUUCAGUUUUAAACAAUGUGCGUGUGAACAAUGUGUAGUUACAUUCUUUUAGAACAAUUUUGGAAGAUUGUAAAUAAAGGCUGUAUAUAAAACACGAAA